AUGGCUUGUGGAGGGCGGAGACCGGAGCAUGGCGGACCCCCGGAGCUGUUUUACGAUCAGAAUGAAGCCCGGAAAUACGUUCGCAAUUCACGGAUGAUUGAUGUCCAGUCUCAGAUGGCAGGGCGAGCCCUGGAGCUCCUAUAUCUGCCUGAGGACCGGCCCUGUUACCUGCUGGAUGUUGGCUGUGGCACUGGACUGAGCGGAGACUAUCUCUCGGAUGAGGGACACUAUUGGGUGGGCAUUGACAUCAGCUCUGCCAUGUUGGAUGCGGCCUUGGACCGAGACAUUGAGGGAGACCUGCUGCUUGGGGACAUGGGCCAGGGCAUCCCCUUCAAACCAGGUUCCUUUGAUGGUUGUAUCAGCAUUUCAGCGGUGCAGUGGCUCUGUAAUGCAAACAAGAAGUCUGAAAACCCUGUCAAGCGCCUGUUUUGCUUUUUUUCUUCUCUUUACUCUGUGCUGGUCCGUGGCGCCCGCGCUGUCCUUCAAGUGUACCCGGAAAACUCGGAGCAGUUGGAGCUGAUCAUGACUCAGGCUACAAAGGCUGGUUUCACCGGGGGCAUGGUGGUGGACUAUCCCAAUAGUGCGAAAGCCAAGAAGUUCUACCUCUGUUUGUUUUCUGGGAUUUCUGGGUCUUCGAGCGUUCUGCCAACGGGACCGAGUGACCCAACGGAUGCAGGCGAAGACAGGCAGUCCACAUUCACCAGUGACAGUGGUGGUUCAUACCCACCCCGUGACUCUGUAGGAGAAAGAUCUCGGCAGGUCUCCCAUAGGAUCGUGAAGCGAGAUUUGGCCAGGAAGAGCCGGACCUGGGUGCUGCGGAAGAAGGAGCGCCGCAGACGGCAGGGCAGGGAAGUCCGACCUGACACCCAGUACACCGGCCGCAAGCGCAAACCCCGUUUCUAA